CAACUACAUCCCUUCGGCAAUCAGAGUCGUCGGCUUAUCUGCCGAAUGUGAUAAUCUCCCAGAAAUCAGAUCGGAACCCUGAAAAAAACAUGGUUUCUAGGAAUCUUAAACAUGAAACAUGCAGCCGUCACAUCCUCAGCUCUCACCGAACUCCUCUGCCAAACCGAUGUGCGAGCAUUGGCCAACCGUUACGCUGCUCAGUUGCAUCUCUGCUGCCCUCAGGGUCCCAUCUCCUAUUCCCUUGCCCGGACCGUCCAUGCCCACAUGCUCACAUCUGGGUUCAGAGCCCGUGGUCACAUUCUCAACCGUCUGAUCAAUAUAUACUGCAAAUCUGAGGACCUUGUUUAUGCUCGCCACCUAUUCGACGCAAUUCCCAAGCCAGACAUUGUUGCGCGGACAACCCUGAUAGCCGCCUAUGCUGCUGCAGGGGAUGCAAAACUUGCCCGUGAAAUAUUUGAUGGAACACCACUAAGCAUUCGUGACACUGUUUCCUAUAAUGCCAUGAUCACAGGCUACUCUCAUAAUGGCGAUGGUUAUGGUGCUGUUAAGCUAUUCUGCGACAUGAAGCGAGAGAGUUUGCCACCUGAUGAUUACACAUUUACUAGCGUUCUCAGUGGAUUGGCGCUCAUUGUCAAUGAUGAGAAGCAGUGCCAGCAGUUACAUUGCGAUGUGGUGAAGUUAGGAACACAUUCUGUUGUUUCAGUAUUGAAUGCACUUGUAUCUCUUUAUACGAAGUGUGCACCAUUCUCUUCUUCAUCAAUGGCCUCUGCUAGGAGGCUGUUUGAUGAAAUGCCUAAAAGAGAUGAAUUAUCAUGGACAACAAUAAUUACAGGAUAUGUCAGGAAUGGUGAUCUUAAUUCUGCUCGUCUGCUAUUUGAAUGCAUGACAGCUAAGUUGGAUGUAGUGUGGAAUGCCAUGAUCUCAGGUUAUGUGCACCAUGGGUUCAUUUCUGAUGCACUGGGGUUGUUUAAGAGGAUGCAUUCUUUGGGAAUUCAGCUUGAUGAGUUUACCUACACAAGUGUACUCAGUGCUUGUGCAACUGCAGGAUUGUUCUGCUAUGGCAAGGAGGUUCAUGCAUAUAUUUUGCGCACAGAGGUAAAACCUGCACCCAAUUUUUCAUUGCCUGUGAAUAAUGCAUUGGUCACAUUGUAUGGGAAAAGUGGUAAAGUAGUUGAGGCACGGUGGAUUUUUGAUAAUAUGUUGGAGAGGGAUCUCGUCUCAUGGAAUGCAAUCUUAUCAGGGUAUGUGAAUUCAGGGUGUAUUGAAGAAGCUAAAAGUUUGUUUGAGAUGAUGCAAGAGAGGAACCUUUUGACAUGGACAGUCAUGAUAUCAGGAUUUGCACAGAACGGGCUUGGCGAGGAAGGUCUGAAGCUGUUCAACCGGAUGAGGAUUGAAGGCCUUCAACCUUGUGAUUAUGCAUUUGCAGGCGCAUUCACUGCUAGUGCAGGACUUGGAGCACUGGAGCAUGGCCGCCAGCUUCAUGCUCUGCUCGUUCGCUUUGGAUUUGAUUCAAGCCUAUCAGCUGGGAAUGCACUCAUAACAAUGUAUGCAAGGUGUGGAGUUGUUGAGGCAGCCCAUCAAGCGUUCCUUACAAUGCCUUCUGUGGACUGUGUCUCUUGGAAUGCCAUGAUUGCUGCUCUUGGGCAGCAUGGACACGGUGCAAUGGCACUUGAGCUCUUCAAACGAAUGUUGGAGUGUGACAUACUACCUGAUCGGAUCUCUUUCCUCACUGUUCUCUCUGCUUGUAGCCAUGCUGGUCUAGUUAAAGAAGGUUGUGAGUAUUUUGAGUCUAUGGAGAGCAUAUAUGCCAUCACCCCAGGAGAAGAUCAUUUUGCUCGUCUGAUUGAUUUGUUAUGCCGAGCUGGGAAAUUCUCAGAGGCAAAAAAUGUGAUUGAAAAAAUGCCAUUUGAACCAGGUGCACCCAUCUGGGAGGCACUUCUUGCUGGUUGCCGUGUUCAUGGGAAUAUGGACCUAGGGAUACAAGCUGCAGAACGGCUCUUUGAGCUGAUGCCGAAGCAUGAUGGAACCUAUGUCUUGCUGUCUAAUAUGUAUGCUACCGUGGGUCGUUGGGAUGAUGUGGCUAAGGUGAGGAAAGUGAUGAGAGAUCGAGGAGUGAAGAAGGAGCCUGGUUGUAGCUGGGUUGAGGUUGCAAACAAGGUUCAUGUGUUUUUGGUGGAUGACACAGUGCAUCCAGAGGUGCAAGAGGUGUACAACUAUCUUGAGAAACUAGUACCGGAGAUGAAGAAGUUAGGGUAUAUUCCAGACACAAAAUGUGUGUUGCAUGAUGUGGAGUCUGAGCUGAAAGAGUAUUCCUUAUCUACUCAUAGUGAGAAGCUUGCAGUUGUUUAUGGGCUCUUGAAGCUUCCCCGUGGAGCCACUAUUAGAGUUCUCAAAAACCUAAGGAUUUGCGGUGAUUGCCACAGUGCAUUCAAGUUCAUGUCAAAGGUGGUGGAGAGAGAGAUUGUUGUGAGAGAUGGGAAGAGGUUUCACCAUUUUUGUAAUGGUGAAUGUUCAUGUGGCAAUUACUGGUGAUUUGCAUUGUUGAUGAACUUUUGGUACUCAUACAUAUGAUUGCUGAUUUGCUGCCCUUUUAUUGUAUUUCCAUGUUUUGGGAAUAUUCAUGAUUUGGUGAAGUUCAUGAACUU